AUGGGAUCUCAACACAAGAAGACAAGCAGAGAUCUCAUUCAGACUCGUCCUAGCACAGAUCGCUCUCGGAAUAUCUUUGCGACUAAGAACAGUUCUGAAAACCACGGAGAAGCAAAAGAUACAGAAUCCAAAAUGAGUGGAUCGGAAAGCCAGCCGUGCACCUUCGCAGACGUCGCAGUCUCUUAUCGCGUCUAUAUACUCGAUGACCUCCUUGCAGAGCCUCAGGAGAUUGUCCACGACUGGAGCCGGAACCUGCUUUACAUAAGCCAACGUCACAGGCAGGGCAAUAAUUUUGCCCCUAUCGAACUAUCUCAUGAAAUCUCCAUCUUCGAUAUUUCCAUUGGCGACAUUACUUCCACGAUCGACAUAAGCCCGUACACCGGCCCGCAUUGUAUGGAAUUGGACGCAGCGUGCUCUUACAUUCACGUUCACGUCGAUGGGGGAACCAUUUGGAUUGAUCCCGAGUCAAGACUAGUUACAAACUUCGAACCAGCGCAGAAAAGGAGACGCGAGGGGAGAACAAGCGAGGAUUUUAUUGCCGAAAUCGACCUCAGGUCUGGAAAGAUGCGCCAGAGAGUCAAUGUCCCGGAGGGCGACAGACAUUCUAGCGAUGGACGCCACGUCACCUUUUCUGCCCCUGCAAUUAGAUUCGCAAGUAGAUCGUCUAGCAGUGGACUUCCAGUGGUGGAUGUUGCUAGCGAUCCAGUCAUCGACGCCAUCAGAGCUAAAUUCCCUGUUCGGACCAUCUACGUCACAUCUCGGAAUAUUAUGUUGGUUUAA